AUGGGACCUGCAGCAGGCAGCCUCUAUAAUACCCCUCCACCUCCAGGUGUCCACACUAGAGUGAGAGCCCCGCCUCUACCGGGCCCUCGCUCCAGUGAGAGCCCCGCCUCUACCGGGCCCUCCCUCCAUGAGAGCCCCGCCUCUACCGGGCCCUCCCUCCAUGAGAGCCCCGCCUCUACCGGGCCCUCCCUCCAUGAGAGCCCCGCCUCUACCGGGCCCUCCCUCCAUGAGAGCCCCGCCUCUACCGGGCCCUCCCUCCAUGAGAGCCCCGCCUCUACCGGGCCCUCCCUCCAUGAGAGCCCCGCCUCUACCGGGCCCUCCCUCCAUGAGAGCCCCGCCUCUACCGGGCCCUCCCUCCAUGAGAGCCCCGCCUCUACCGGGCCCUCCCUCCAUGAGAGCCCCGCCUCUACCGGGCCCUCCCUCCAUGAGAGCCCCGCCUCUACCGGGCCCUCCCUCCAUGAGAGCCCCGCCUCUACCGGGCCCUCCCUCCAUGAGAGCCCCGCCUCUACCGGGCCCUCCCUCCAUGAGAGCCCCGCCUCUACCGGGCCCUCCCUCCAUGAGAGCCCCGCCUCUACCGGGCCCUCCCUCCAUGAGAGCCCCGCCUCUACCGGGCCCUCCCUCCAUGAGAGCCCCGCCUCUACCGGGCCCUCCCUCCAUGAGAGCCCCGCCUCUACCGGGCCCUCCCUCCAUGAGAGCCCCGCCUCUACCGGGCCCUCCCUCCAUGAGAGCCCCGCCUCUACCGGGCCCUCCCUCCAUGAGAGCCCCGCCUCUACCGGGCCCUCCCUCCAUGAGAGCCCCGCCUCUACCGGGCCCUCCCUCCAUGAGAGCCCCGCCUCUACCGGGCCCUCCCUCCAUGAGAGCCCCGCCUCUACCGGGCCCUCCCUCCAUGAGAGCCCCGCCUCUACCGGGCCCUCCCUCCAUGAGAGCCCCGCCUCUACCGGGCCCUCCCUCCAUGAGAGCCCCGCCUCUACCGGGCCCUCCCUCCAUGAGAGCCCCGCCUCUACCGGGCCCUCCCUCCAUGAGAGCCCCGCCUCUACCGGGCCCUCCCUCCAUGAGAGCCCCGCCUCUACCGGGCCCUCCCUCCAUGAGAGCCCCGCCUCUACCGGGCCCUCGCUCCACUGUCUCUGCGUUCCUCCCGCGGGGUGCCGCGUGCGGCCCCGGCCCAAUACCCUCUCUCCGGUUUGUCAAGCCAGAGGCGGCACUGGGGGCUCAGCCCGGCAUGGACCACAGAGCGGAUGCUUGCGGGUGGGCUCGGCGUCCCUCGCCCUCCGCCACUCCCGCAGCUCGGCCCAGGGCGGGCCGGGGACACGUUCCGGGAGGGAUCCCGGCGGCCCCGGCCGAGGACGCCGCACGCAGGCCCCACACCUCCCGCAGCCCGGCGGGGCUGCGACUCAGACCGCGUGUCUCCGCAGGGGCCGUCGCGCCAGGGAGGCGGCCGCAGGGCAACACCUGCCGCGGCCGGAUGCGCCGGGCCGGCGGGCGCACACACCUGCGCGCGGGCGGUGCUCCACCCGGACGGGACCCCACCCGGACGGGACCCCGGCGUCCCCGGCCCGCCGUGUCCGGGCUGGCCGCGCGUCCGCGGUGCCAGAUGGGGGCAGGGGACACGGGCGGCGACGGCACUUACCUGGCAGCACCUCCUCCUCCACCGGCGGCGGCAGCAGCAGAGCCGGCAGCCCCUGGCACCAUCUUCCGCCGCCGCCUCGUCCGCGGCGGCGGCUACCAACCGCCCAUCAGGCACCGCCAACCGACACAACCGCCGGCGUCCCAGAUGCCGGUCGCGGCCCCGAGCUCCGGGCGGGAGGGAGGGGUCGGGGCGGAGCGGGGACGCUGUCAGGCCCCUCGGCUCUGGGUCAGGGGCCGGGGACGGGAGGCAGGGGGCCGCGGGCGGUCAGAGCCGAGGGGCCGGGGCGAGACGGAGACCCCAAGGCAGCGCCGAGGGCUCUGUAG